AUGCCGGACGCCGUGGACGCCGUGGACGCCUUGGCCGCCGCGGAGGCCGCGGUCGCCGCGGCCAUCGGCGACGACGCGCCCUUCCCGCAUUUCGACGAGCGGCAGGGCCACCUCCCGGGGCCGGACCGCCAGGCGACGCGGGCCGUCCUAGAAGCGCUGCCGCCGCCGCCGCCCGCAUGGGUGGAAGCCAUCAAGGCCACGGAGCAGUGGACCUACGCGCGCGCGAUGGUGCUGGAGCGCUGGUGCGCGUCCGUCAGAGACGAGGCCGUCGGCGAGGCGCUCGCGCCGCACGUCCACGCGCUCGUGGCGGCCGCGCUGCCGCCGGCUCCCGGCGCCGAGGCGCAUCCGGACGCCGAGGCCGCGCGGCGCGUCCUGCCGUUUCUCGUAAGGAGCUGCGCGCACACGGGACAUGUUGUCGGGUUGGCGCCGGUCGCGGGCCGCGGGCCCCUCGUUCUGAAGGAGAGCCUCACGCAGCCCCCCAAGGACCUGGGCGCGGCGACGCGCCUGCCGCCGGCGCUCGCGCGCGGCCCGCUCCGGGGACUGGCGGAGCGCACGGCGUACCUCCCGCUCGGCACCUGCUCGUCCGUUUUAAGGAGAGACGCGGACGACGCGCUGCGAUCUUCCAGUGCGGAGGCGCUGGAAGCGGCGCUCCGGGACCUGAGACGGCGCAUCCCCGACGUCGCGCCGCCGCCGGCGCUUGGCGGCCUGCGGGACUGGGACGCGCGGGAGGCGCGCGUGCUCGCCGCGGCGCUGUCGGUGGUCAUCGCCCGCCUCUGCGACGGCUCCGUGAGUUCUGAUGCGACGCAGCACGCCAUUCCCGCGUCCCUGAGUCUGAUGGACGCGUCGGACGCGUCCAUGCGGUUCGUCGGGCUGGAAUGCUUAGUGCGAAUCGUCACGCGCGCGCCGCCCCUAAUCUUGGACGAGCUGCACCCGAUCCUGCUCGACGCGCUCGACCGCGCGCGGGCCCUGAUCGCGCGGGACGGCGGCGGCGAGACCGUCGCGCUGUACGCGCACGGCGCGGUGCUCGUCCUCGGGAAGGUCCUCGAGCCGUCGGUCCGACGGAGGGCCGCCGCCGUCUUCCUGGACGCGUGCCUCGACGACCUGGGGCUCUGGCGCGACAACGCCGCGAAGCUGGAGCUCCUGCGGCGGCUGGCGGACGUCACGCUCCUGCUGGGGCCCCACGGCGCCGCGGCGCACCUGCGGCGGCUGCUCCCGUGCCUGCUCGGCGCGCUCGACGAGCGCGCGCCGGCAGAGCGCCGCGUCGUCGCGCUCCACGCGCUCCACGUCGUCGUCGCCCAGACCUGGGCGCGCGCCGCCGGGCACCGCGUGGCCCUCGUCCGCGCGCUGCUCCUCGUCGCGGGCCAGGCGCGCCGCGACCGCGACCGCGGCGCGGCGGCGGCGGCGGCGGCGGCGGCCGCCGGCGCGCGGCGGCCGCCGGCCGCGGGGCUCGGCCCGCUCGCCGGCCUCGCCGAGGCCCUCGCCGUCCGCGCCCUGGCGCUGGUCCUGGCCGUCGACGGCGCCGCCUCGGGCGCGCUCGCGGCCGCGGCGGCGGAGCGGUGCCCCGAGCUGCAGCCCGUCAUCAUCGCCGCGCUGGCGAAGGCGUCGGCGUAA